UUAAUGUAUUUCCUUGGUUCUUCUUCAAAAUGAUUCCAUUGCGUAUGGGGUGGACAUUCGAUGGCUGUUUCAGUUAGCCAUGCCAUGCGGCGACAUCUGGCGGGCCCAUCGGAGCCCCCUUAUCUUAAUUAUUCUAAUCAACAAGAAACCAGUUCACCAUAUCAUACAAGAAACAACGGAGGUUUAUCACAAUCAAUGAGAUACACAGAGACAUGGUUAUAUGGGGUACCACCCUCACCCACACAAACCGGCUUAAUUUUACCAUAUCCACCGGCUCAACCAUUGGUUGUAUUAUGUGCCUGUGGUGGUACAACAAAACAACGUAGCUCAAACAAAAAAUCCCCAUCAAUAUGUAAAAAAUGUAAGGGUACAAAACUACCGCUCCCUUCAGCUAAUAGCCCAUCGACAGCUAAUGAUCACCAUGGCACGGUACGUGGAAAUCAAUCAAUACGUGGUCAAAUUAGUGGAACUGUUCGAGGUUUAUCACAAAAUUUAUUAAAUAAUCGUCAUAAAUAUCAUACUGUAAGAGAAACUAGCAGUAAAAAUGGUAUCAAAAAAAUCCGCCCAAGUAUAUUUGACUUGGAUGAGUUGGAUAACUCUGAUCCGUAUGAUUUAAUGCGACGAUCACGAUUAACAUUAACUGAAUUACAGCGUACACGUACAAAGAGUAUAUCACCGUUACGUAAAUACGACACGGUGCGCGGACGACGUAGUCCGUCACCCCAACAAAAACAUCGAAGUCGUAGUGCAAACCGUAAUGCAAAUGAUUGGUUAAUAGAAGAACAACCACCGUUAAUCCCGGCAGCACCGACUAAUCGUCGUUCAAUAUUAGAAUGUAACGUAAAUCCAUAUGAGUUAAUGGGAAAAAAUAAUUGUUUACAUGAUUCAGUUGAAGAUAUUCCAAAGAAAUUCUCAAAUUAUUAUGAGGAUAUUGAAAUAAAUAAUGUUCAAAGUACGGUCAAUAAAGAACGUAAAAUUCUAGCACCUACGAAAGAACUACCAAAACCUGUAAAAAUUAAUGAAACAAAAGAAUUACCGUCAAGGCCGCCACGAAAAAAACCAAUUGAGGAAAUACCAAAAAAAUUUAAUCAAAAUAGAUUUAAAUCUAUAUUGAAGAAAACAUCAACAUUUAAUACAGAUAGCUCCGAUUCAUCCGAGCGUAUACCUUCCCCAAUUGUUCAACAACAUUCUUCCACAUCCCAAACCCAAUUUUAUUUACCAAAUCCAGCUAUUCAACAACAGCAAACGAAUGAUUUAAAUAAUUUAUUAAACAAUAUACCUAGGAAAAAAGUACAAUUUUUAGUUGAAAAAUCAAACAGUAAUGAAAGUAUUGAAUUAAUUGUUGAAACACAACAAACGAAUAAUGACGAACAAGUGGAGAAUGAAGAAAAUGUAAAUAAUAACAAUAAAAAUGAUGAAACAAUCGAUGAAAACAUUAAUGGUAUGCAAGAUAAUGUUCAAGAAGAUGAUGUUAAUGAAGAAACAAAUGAUUCUUGUAAUAAUAUUCUUGCUGUGGCUACUACUAAUACGAUAGGAAAUGAUGACCUAGUAAAUGAAAUUAUUAAUGAUAGUAACGAGGAAUCACAGAUGAAAGAGUUAUCUUCACGGGAUUUAUUGGUAAAGGAUGUAAAUAAUGAAGGCUUCUCUCCAAAAUUACGACGAAGUAAUAGCGAUCGAAUAUCAAGUUCGACUACAACAACAAUAUUAACAAACGAUAAUAACAAUGAAGAUUUAUCAACAAACAAUAUCACAACAAACACGAUACAAUUUAACGAUACAAUGGCAUUACGUGCAAAAAAUAUGCGUCGUACCGAUCAUCGUGAAGUAUUCACAGCACUACAACGUUUAGAUGGAAUUACAAAAAAUGACAAUCAAACCAAUAAUAAUAAUAAUUUGAACCAAAGACCUAAAGAACCACCACCUCCUCCCCCUCCACAGCCAACAAUACCCGUACCGGUAGCACCAGCACGUAAAAAACAAGAUCGUCGAAAGAAAAUAUCAAUUGAUAGUAAUAGUUCAUCAUCGAAUGAUAGUUGUCAUAGCAGUUUAAGUUCGACUGAUUUAAGUUUUCGUAGUGUUGAUAGCGAAAUUAAAAUUAUUGAAAGUGAAUCGGAAUUAUCGACAGAUGAUCGAAAAAUAUCAAUUGAAGUAGCUUCUACAGAUUCUGAACAAUAUUUCACACCAAAAUUAACAUCGUCACCCACACAACAAACGAGCGUAGAAAGCACGAAAAGUGUAAUUAAAAUUUAUAACGAUAAUUCGAAUUCGAAUAUUACAUCCGUUACGCUAAAUAAUGAGAAUAUUCCAGAAGACAAUUCAACUUCACCAUAUCCACAACGAACAAUUGUUCAAAUCACACCACCGGUGCAUCGAUUAAAAAUUAAAAAUGAAUUUGUCGACUAUCAAUGUACACCGCAAGCAUCACCAGACAAUUCCGCACGUAAAACAUCAAUUCUAAUCACUGGCGAUGAUUGUUAUUCAACUGUUAAUGUCAGUGACGAUUAUCCGGUUUAUCAAUCGUCUGUUGUUGUUAAUGAUAAUCUAAUAUCUUCAACUGAUUCCAAAUUAUAUAAUCGCAGCAAUAAUAGCACGAUUUAUAUAAGUUGUGAAUCGGAUGAAAGAUAUGAACCGAUUAAUAAUAAUUUUAACACACAAAAAAUAGUUCCUAAUAAUAAUAACGAAAAUAAAAAUAUUAUUCGAGUUGAAGAUGACAAUUUAAGACAAUUGUUACGAGAUCCAGUUGAGGCCGUUAAACGGAAUUUAGUCCCUCAUGUUUGUGGUAAAACAAAUAUGAUUCGUGGAAUAAAACGUGGUACAAAAACAAAUCAUAAUAAUAAUGAAUUAGGAACAAGUGUUGUCGCAAAAUUACUAAAAGAUCCCGAAUUAGGAUCAUUAGUAGAAGGAUUAGAAAGUGAUGUUGUGGCUAAAUUAUUACAAGAAUCUUUAUUAAAGCUAAAACAAGAUCGUAAUUUCAUUCCCGAAAUUACGAAAGCUGAAGAAAAAGAGAGUUUAUCUUCGGAUAAUGAAUGUAAUAGUUUAAAUUCUGGUCCAUACGAGCAAAUCGAUUUGGACGAUAAUGAUUAUAGCGGUAGUAAUCGUAGUUCAUUAACGGAGGAUGAUUUAGCAUCAACGUCUACACGAUCAAAAUUCUAUCAGUUGUUAGCAGAUGCAUCCUUAGAUGGAAGUAGUACUGAUGAUCAUACAUACGAAACAAUACGUAUGAAUCAGGAUCCCAUUUAUGAAGAAAUUGAGAUACCACCUCCAUUACCGUUAAAUCCUCCCCCAGAUACUUUACCCACGGUGGAAUUGGAUAAAAGUUUUACAACACGAUCCAUAUUCGAAGGUGCGUCUAAAUAUGAUAUUUUAAGUUAUCUAGUCGAUGCUCGCGAACGUGGUAUUGAAAGUUAUGCAUACAGUUUUGCAAAUUCUGGAAGUGUUGUUAUUGAAUGCGACACUGAAAUUGAAAUGACCCCCAGAACUGAUGAAAUGACUAAAACAAAUGUAGAAGUUGAACGAACUGAUUCUGGUGUUGGAUCAGAGAGUAGUAAAAGUUCACGAAGUCGAUAUCAACAAUCUGGUAAUGCAAAUAGCAAUAAUAGUAAUAACAAUAACGUAACUCCUGUCGAACCAGAAAUUACAAAUCCUUGCGAAGAUUGUAAUUUAACAGUUGAUACACAAGUAACUAAUGGUGAUGUAAUUUAUACUCCAUUGGUAUGUCGUAAAUGUUCUAAACGACGAGCAGAACGAAAAGAGAUUAUCACGGAAAUUGUUGAAACUGAAGAGAAAUAUGCACGAGAUUUACAAAUAAUUCUUGAAGAAUUUUAUCAACCAAUGUUAGUGGCUGGUUUAUUGAAUGCCGAACAAUUAGCCGCAGUAUUUUUAAAUGUUGAAGAAUUGUUGGAAAACAGUCAAUCAUUUGCCGAACGAUUGCGAGAUGCCUUGGAGAUAUCAAUUGAACAAGGUGAUGAAGAUUUAUUAACAAUUGAUAUUGGCCGAUUGUUUUUGGAUGCUGCAUCUAUGUUACAUGCAUUUGAAAGUUAUUGUGUUCGACAAGCCGCUGCUGGUUUACUUUUAGCGAAUUUAGAAAAGGAGAAAGAAUUAUUGAGAAUAUUUUUGAAAGUAUCACAAAUGGAAAAUACUGUAUUAAGACGUAUGAAUUUAAAUAGCUUUUUAAUGGUUCCUGUACAACGUGUAACAAAAUAUCCACUCCUAUUAAUUCGAUUAAAUAAAGUGACACCAGCACACUUAGAAGAAAUGAAAGAAAAUCUAACGGAAGCUCAACGUUUAGUUGAACAGCAUUUAGGGCAAAUGAAUGCAUCAGCUAAAGAUGUUCCUAGCCGUUUAUGGCGACGUUUAUCAAGUGGACGUCGAACAACAUCCGAAUUAGACUCGGUCAACAUAAAAUUACGUAAAUUAGCUGUUGAUAUCCUCGAAUGGAAUCAUGAAGAGGCUCGAUUUGCACUUGAAGGCAAAUUAUUAUAUACUCAACCAAUAGAUAGUGCUUGGCGGCGGGGUCGUACAAUAAAAUUAACUCCCGUAUGCGCAUUACUGGUAACAUUAGGGCGGCCGGGUGCCGGUUAUAAAAGUCCGGAUGAAGAAACAUUAUUAGCAUUCCCAAGACAAACCGGUAUACGUGAGGCUGCUUUAGUAUUGGCUAGAGAUAAAGGUGGAAGAUAUUCAUUAUUACGAGAACCUUUGUAUUUGGAUCGAUGUGUUGUGGCAACGGAUCCAGCAUGGCAGAGCUAUUUUGAAGUACAAGAGCUAAUGACUAAAGACACAUUUAUAUUUAAGGCUGAAGAUGAUGAUCGGACAAUAAAUUGGUAUCGAAAUUUGCAAUAUCAUGCACAAGGCAUGGGCACCUGGCGAAAACGACGAAAUGCUUUAGCUAAUAUUAUGAUUACAGGAAUUAGUGGACGUUCAUAAAUAUUUUAAAAAAAUAUUAUAAAAUUAUAACUUUAUGUAACUUACUAAAAUAAAUAUUCCUACAACUAAGCAAGUCUGUUUCCCAAAUCAUAAAAAAAAAAUGGACAGAUUUUGAUAAAUAUUUUAUAGAU